AAUUACAGUGGCUUUCAAAGUGUCAACAGUGGUUUCGAAAAAAUGUUGAAUGGAAAAUGUGGAAUAUAGAAAAAGACAAUGUAAAUUAUAUAAUUAUAAUUCUCUAAUAUCAAUAUAUAUAAUAUAUAGUUUAUAGUUUAAAAUAAAAUACAUACGGAAAACAUAUAAAUAUUUGCACAACACGUGAAAAUUGCUGCCUCUUUAUGCAUUGUUUAUCUAUUUUAUUGUAGACGUUCUCCGCUUUCCCUUUUGUUUAUUUUUUACCUAAUGCUUUUGCAUUUGACAUUCUUAAACAGCUGAGUGACCAUAGUCAAUUCGUCGCAAAUUCGAUUACACACAUGGAGGUUAUCAAAUCUCUUACUUGUUAAUAAUUUAAAUAAAAAAAAAAUGUUAAAAUCAUUAUUCCGGUUAGCGCCUGCUCGUAGUGCAUUGCAUUCUUAUUUGCAACUAUCACAGUGUACAAAUCACAGUCUGCUGUCAACGAAAACCGUUUGUGUUUCGGUCACAACGCGUAGUUGUGUAAAAGUAGCCGCAGAUGAUGAGCACAUCGAAAGUGAGUCUAAACCUGCUAAACCCCCCUAUAAUCCUUUCACGCAAACACAACCAACAUUUCGAAAUGAUUCUGGUGCAAAGGCUGAGCCUCCAGCCAAUAAUGAGGAACGCGAAAAACUUCUCAAAGUCUUACAACUCGAAGUCGAUAUCGCACAUCAAGAGGGCCGACGUGUGCCGGCAUUGGAGUCAAUUACAGAUGAGAACUGGGCACACAUACUUACAUUGCCUUCGAAGUCAGCACGCUACAAGUAUUACGGUUACUUAUGGCAAGUUGAAGCCAAAAAACAAGCCAAGGAACGUAAAAAAGAGGAACGUACCGUACAUGUGCUGGAGCGCAAGGAGGAAAUGCGUAAAGAACGUGAAGAAAAUCAACACAUCAUCUAUGGCUUGGGACAUACGGCACUAUUUUUACGUAUCUACGAUUCGACCAUAAAUAACUUUCAGAAUAACAGGUUGAUACGCGCCAUGCAGUUUUCGCCUAAAAUUGUGCUAGACUGCUCAUACGAUCGACAUAUGACGCGCCGCGAGGCACUGAACGCAGCUAAACAAUUGAUGUUAUGUUUUGCUGACAAUCGUGCCCAUGAUGAUCCCUUCGAUUUGCAUUACUGCAACGUGAAUUUGGAUAGCAUAUGCACAAAAGCUCUCAACCGUUACAUACCCACUAUGUUCAAUACAGAAUUCCCGAUGAAUGUGCAUGAAAAAUGUUUUACCGAGUUAUUUCCGAAAGAAAAUCUAGUCUAUUUGACGCCACAUUGCCGCACAGAUCUGGAAGUGUAUAAUCCCGACAAUGUUUAUAUAGUUGGCGCAAUGGUGGAUACGGUUAAUAAUGAGCCGCUAUCGCUAGCUAAAGCGAAACGUUUGGGACUGCGGAUGGCACGUCUGCCGCUCGAUCGCUACCUACAGUGGGGCGCAGGUUCAGGCAAGUCGCUAACGCUUAACCAAAUGAUCAACAUUUUAUUAGAACUGAAAACUACCAAUAAUUGGACACAAGCGCUAAAGCAUGUACCGCGCCGAAAAAUCGUCGACGUAUCAGCAGAUGAGCUGCAACAAAAGCGUGUGCUGGAAAAACGCGCCAAACAGCUGAAUUUCUCUUUAGAUAAUAACUUCAAUGAUGAAGAAAAUAAGCAAAAGCCUAAAAUAAGAUCGUACAGAAAAGAUACGCAGUUCAAUUUAGAAACUUGGGCCACUAAAAAGAAAAACCAUAAUAGCAACUAAUUACAUUUUUGUAAGUUUUUAGUUUAAAAAAUAUACAUAUUUAAUUGAAACGAAA